AUGCCCGCCUCCGCACCGCCCAUCGCUGCCGUGCAAUGGUUCACGACACAGCUGAACAACUCUGAAAACGCCGAGGUAAAGCGCCACUACCUGCGAUGGUACGCCGAAGACACGGGUGUGUCCUACAGCGAUGAGGACCCGCUCCUUGUUCAGGCCAUUCUCGCCAGUUGCACAGGCUGGACGUUGCCGGAGCUGCUGUGGCGAGCACGUCUUGUUGUCCUGGAUGCGCGCACUCUCUGGGAGUGCUUGGACGUGCGCAUGAUUGCAGGCCGCAUGCACGAUGUGAUUGAUCCAUGGAACGAGCAGCUGAGCGUGAAGUUGGUUUGGUACUUCAUUAAGGAGCAGCAGCCUGACGAGUCGUUGGCCUCGUCCUCAUUGAACGCGCUUCGCACAGCACUUGAUGAGUACGCGGCGGCUACUAUCAAGCCCCAGGGCAGCCUGUCCGUGACGGUAUCCAGCUCGGCACGCUCCAUCGGCAGAGAUGCCCAACCCAGUCGAUGCGCGACCCUCAUCGAUGCGUGGUCGGACAAGGUUGCCCUCAUUCCGAUGGAGGCGGGCAACAACUAUAGCGAGGGGUCUCUGUAUUGCACCGCACCCGUCCCCAGUGGUGGCACGCUGCUCCAAGUGCCUCGCACUGAGAUGUUCUUCCUCAGUUCUCUGCUCCAGUACUGCGCCUUGGGCCGCGUCAUCGCUGCCGAGCCGUCUCUGCGCGAUCUCCUUGAAAACGAAGAGGCAAUGCUCGUGCUCUGUCUCGUCUACGAGCGUUUUGUUGAGGGGGUGGAGAGGUCACACUGGGGGCGGCUACUCGCGCACUGCCCAGGGUGGUAUCCUACCAUGCCCAUCGCUUGGGAGCUGGGUGACCUGGCAGAGCUUGACGGACUCGAUAUGCUCGACGACGUCCUCGCCAAGCGCAGCCAGUUGCAGGCGUUUGCUGAUCAACUUCAGACUUCCAUCCUUCCGCUUCUCCACCGCGAGCUCUCGACGCUGGCCGGUGCGAUGGAAGCGACCCCGUCACUGGCCGACAUGUCGGCGGCCUUCGCGUGGGAGCACCUCGUGUGGGCCCAGUCGACCUUCAACUCGCGCGCCUUCAACCUCAACGUAGACGGCACUGUUUUGAUGGCGCUCAUUCCAUUGGCGGACAUGAUUAACCACUCCAAUCACACCGACGUGCUUGUUCGCAAAGUGGAGCCGAACGGGGGCCCAUUCAUCAUGCAGGUCGGUGCGGCGCUGACGACGGCCGAUGUUGGGCGUGAGCUGUGGAUGAGCUACGGCCCACUGCAGAACUGGGAGUUGCUUCAGCACUACGGAUUUGUGCUGGGGCCCGACAACGUGCACGACAGACUGCCCUUUCCCCUUACCGUUUCCGCAGGGGCCAAUGAACCGCAUGGUGAGAGCGGUGCUACAGACACGUUAGCACUGAUUUCAGAUGAGGGAGGCACUGCGAACAGCUGGGAUGCGCGGCGCCUGGCGUUGAUACGUCGCUACGCGUUGUACUUGCCGGGGCGCUGCUGGAUUCGACACGAUGGUGUACCGCCCCCUGCUCUGCUGGCGCUCCUCCGCGUUCAGCUUGCACAAGCCGACGAGUUCGAUGCCAUGGAGGACCGCCGCCACGGGCCCUUCGAGCCACUGUCGCCGCUGACGGAGGCUGCCGUCGUGUCGGUGGUGAAUAGCACUGUGCAGUGUCUCCUGAAGUCGUUUCCCACGUCGCUUGCGGAGGACGAGGAGACACUGGCCGAGCUGCAUGACGACGAAGAAUGUGACCCCCACGCCGGAAGCGAAUCUUCGAGAAACUAUGUGUUGUGCUUGCAGCUUCGUGUAGGCCUCAAGCGGAUUGCCAACCGGUGUCUGGAGUGGUGUGCGUGCCACUCGUAG